AGUUGUAAUUUAUUCAUUAUGCCUUCCACCGACCUCAGUAAGUUCGAUGGUGUCUAUCUAUCAGUGGCCCAGCAGGUGGGGGCCAUCGAGCCUCUGUUGGACUCCUUCUUUAGCUUCCUUGAAAGGAAGACUGACUUCAUGACGGGUGAGACUAGUCCCGGCGCCGCUCGAGAUAUGGUCACGAGAUGCUUCGAUAAGCAUUAUCAGAUUGCCAUGCAGCGGAAGGAGGCUGAUGCUGUGAGGAACAAGCGUGAGGAUGAGGAGAGGAAGGCGCGGGCCAGAGCUCAGAGGAAGGCCGAUAUGGAGGAAUAUGAGGCUCGGAAACGUCGACAGGAAGUGGAGGAGGAGAAAGAGCCCAAGAUAGUAGAGGUAACGGAAGAGGAGGAAGAGGCGAUCAAGAAGGAUGAGGCUAUGAAGGAGGCUGAAAAGGAGAAUGCUGAUGAUGAUAAUACGGAGGAGGAUGAAGAUAGUACCCCUCCUCCUCCUGGCAAUGGUGGCAGCACUGACAAAUACACUUGGACGCAGACUCUCAGUGCCGUUGAGGUGUACAUCCCAGUGAGGCCUGGCACUCGGGCUAGGGACGUGAAGAUUAGCUUAGGAGCCGACAAGGUGACGGUGGCUACCAAUGCUGAAGGGGAGAUCAUUAAGGGCGAAUGGAAUGGCCGUAUCAAAGCUGAUGAUUCUAUGUGGACUCUCGAAGACAACAAGAUGAUACAUUUGUCGUUGGACAAGUACGAUGGCAUGCGGUGGUGGUCGUGUGUUGUGAAGGGUGAUGCCGAAAUCGAUACGAAAAAGAUCGUACCGGAAAACUCGAAAUUGAGUGACCUCGAUGGAGAGACCAGAUCGACUGUGGAAAAGAUGAUGUACGAUCAACAGAGGAAGCAAAUGGGGUUACCGACGAGCGACCAGCAGAAGCAGGCCGAUUUAUUAGAGAAAUUCAAGAAGGCCCAUCCCGAGAUGGAUUUCUCCAACGCUAAGAUCAACUAUGGUGGAGGGAUGAACCUUUAGGAGUUUCUGCUAUGAUGAGGCUAUUGCUCGACUUCUUUUUGGUAGGAGUAGAACA